GUUAACAGAUGACUACAGUACAUGUAUGCAGCUUUUAAUGAAGUACCCUCCGUGGUUUGAGGUAUCUGACUUAGUUCAAAGGGCACUACAUCUUAGGAAUCCAGCUAAGUAUCCUGACCCAGUCCCUCAUGUUAGGGAGUGGACACAAAUUAACGAAGAUAUGCACACGCCCUCUCCUAACCAGCUACAUAUUCAAGAAGACCGCUCACCACCGGAAGUAGUCAAGAUGUCGCAUAAACUUGCUAAUAAAACUAAAUCAGUGUUUGCUCAAGCCACUAAACAAAUGCACAUACCAAAGAAACAGCUUAGCUUGAAUACUAAACUCUCCCUCCCUAAGCCAAGUGGUGGAGGAGGAGGAGGAGGAGGAGAGGGAAAGUCUAAAAGUAAUGGUAGCACUUCCGCAAUGACUCCACUCUCAGCAUCAGAAGAACAAGAAAUGAUACGCAAUCCAAAAUCAAGACCCAGGGCCACUAGUGAAACUGAGAGACGAAGGAACAGAUAGAAAUCAAUGAAGCAAAG